AUGGAAUCCCAACGACCCCAAGAAGGAGCCCUCAGCUGGCGCCUCUCUGCGCACCCCGCUACGCUCGGUUUCUUCCUCGCCUUCCGCCUGUCUGCGCUCUUAACCUACCUCUUUGGCCUCUGGUUCUCCUCAAACUUCGUGCUGAUAUUCAUCAUCGUGAUCCUCCUCCUCGCCGCCGACUUCUACUACGUCAAGAACAUUGCCGGCCGCCGCCUUGUCGGCCUGCGCUGGUGGAACGAGACCAGCGCCGACAACAGCGGCGAGAGCAUCUGGGUGUUUGAAAGCCCCGAUGAAUCCCGCCAAAUCAACGCAACCGACAGCCGCUUCUUCUGGCUCUCCCUCUACAUCGUGCCGCUGCUCUGGGUGCUGCUGGCCGUCGUCGCGGUGGUGCGGUUCGAGUUUAUCUGGUUGUCGCUUGUUGUAAUCGCCGUGAUCCUCUGCGUCACCAACGGCGUCGCCUUCUCGCGCGCCGACAAGUUCGGCAACGCCUCUACGUUUGCGGGGCGCGCGCUCAACACCACGGGCGGCGGCCUGGCGAGGCAGUUUGCGGGGAGUGUGGCCAGUCGGGUGUUUUUCUCGGGGGGGAGGAAUUAA